AUGUCGAGUAUGGAAGCCGAGGCUGUGGAACGCGUCCUUGCUACAGUGCCUGACCUUGCCCAUGUGGCUGACCCCUUGGCCGUCCUCAGCAUUCCGUCGAAUGGUAUUCUCCCGUCUAACAUGAGCCCGGACUUGAUGCUGGCCUCUGCUGGUAGUGAUUCGUUCCGAGUGAGUGCAAAGCGAUUGGAGCAAGAGCAGAAAGAGAUGGCAGUGCUGGAUCAGGUGGCAGCUCUCUCUCGGGAUGCUCCUCCGCAACUACUUGCUCGGCUCCGUGCUCUGCUCACGGGCCUCACGGCGGUCACCAUUGCCGAAGACGGCUUUGUCGCCAUUGCUGCUCAUCGCGAAGCGCUCGGCCUGGCCAUCGCCUCCGCCAUUGCCUCGGUGUUCAAGUCUUCAGCCGAUGCAGAGGCAUCGACAGCCUCUCUGCCGGAUCCGGACGACUCGCUUCGCCCCGAAGGUGGUGAUGCCGGAGGCAUGUCCGGGCUUAUGGCUGGCAUGCUGCCGCAGGCCGGUGCCUCGGCCGCGGAUACCCUGGUCAUGACCGGCCUCCGGACGCUCCUGCUAAUCUCGUCGUCGGUCGCAACAUCCUCGCCCGGCCUCCUUGCUGCGCUCCUCGCCGAGUUUUCCGCCACCCUGGCCGCGCUGCCCGACUUUUCGCUUCUCUCGCCGCGCAUCCCGCGCAAGCAAGCGUUUGAUUUGCAGGCGUCGGGCGUGACCCUGCCCGCCGCCAUGGUGACCACGCUCCAUGCUUGGCUCGCCACUCUUCCCAGUGAUCUGGCCACUGCUGCGCUCGGCCUCCGUGCCUCGCUCGUAGUCCACCGCGGUGAGCUUCCAUCGGUCCUUGCCCUCGCCCGAGAGCUCUAUUUUACCGACGGCGACGUGCCUGUCGCCGCGCUUGCGCCAGCCCUUGCAACCGUUACCCGCUAUGCGCCGCGCCGCCGACUGCCAAUUCCGGUUGUCACUGCGAGCGCACCGAAGCCGCUCGAGUUUUCAGUCGAGUCGCACCCGCCUUUGCGGGACGAUGGUCCGAAAUUCUCGCCCGUGCUCGCCAUGGCGGCCGACGGCGCUGUCUUUUGCCACUCUCCCAAUGGCCUCUUCCGCUUUGCUGCUGGCCAGACCGGUGAGCCGAGCCACGCGGCCACAUCAGCCGACGAUGUCGUCUCGUCCAAGUGUGAUGUCAUUGUUGUCGGCGGCCUUGUCCUGCUUUACCCGGUCGACAGUCGCGGGCUUGCUCCGGUCCUUGCCGCCCACCCCCAGCUGUACUCGACGCUGGACGCCAGCUUGCCACCGACCUUUGUCGCCUAUUCGGCAGCCAACCUGAGCCUAGUCGGCUCCGUCUGCGCCGACGGCGGCGGCUCGAUCGCCACCGCCAACUUUGCCGACUACCCCAUGUGGGCACCGGCCGAGCUCCGCGCCGCUCGUCUCGCCGAUGCUGGCAUGACCGCCUCCAGUCCGUUCACCGAUGGGUCGAGCAUCUGGUUUAUUGCCUCAACUGCCGCACCCGAGCUCACGGCCGCCAUGCGGGCCAAGCAUGCUGGUACCAUCAACGCCAUGUACUUGCCGGCCGCGCGGUUCGAGGCUCUCCGCUUCGGCCUCGGACCCGAUGCUCCGCUCCCUGCCGUCACGGUUCUCCACAAGCCAGUCUCGAGCGUCGGCCACGAGCUCUUUGCCCGCUACGACUACACCUCGAGCCGUAGGGUGUACAUCGAUCCGAGCCUCCGCAUUGCUGCGCCUGGUAAGCUCACAAAGUGGUCGAUCUCUUCAGGCGGGCGUGGUCCGCUCAUCCUCCAAGUCUACCGCCCGCGCGGCAGCAACACCUUUGAGCUUAUUGGGCAGAACGUGUUCUACGCCGCCGGCUGCGGAAAAGCCGAGUACAAUGUUGCCGACAUUGACGUCAUCGAUGUGGCCGCCGGCGAUGUGCUCGGCGUCUAUCACCUGGUCGAUGAGCGUGGUAUCGCGCUCAUCAACGGCGCAUCGAGUCCAGCCAUCCCUGUGUUGCAGCCACCCGAGGGCGGCCUAGAGGUUGGCGGUGUUUACACCUCGUCGACCACAGAUGCAAUCAAGUUCUGCCUCCGGGCGACAGUCGAACCGAGCCGGACCAGCGAGCUGGCACCCGAGUCUCCCGAGUGCUGCCUUUCCUGGCGGCCAGCGCUUCUGAGCUCUACAAGCUUCUUUGCUGCCACCAAUGGCGAGACGCUCGUUGUUGUCGCCGACGACAGCGCCCGAGGCCAGGCUGUCAUCAACCCGCGGGUUGCGCGUGUGGUCUUCGAGUUUGCCCUCAGUUCCGGUGCGCUCGUCGAGGCCUAUGGUCUAACAGACAACCAGAUCCAGAGAAGCAUUGCCCGGCUGGGCUUUGCCCCUCUCAACGGCGGCCUCUGGCUGCAGCCGCAGACGGACGCGGCCGAUGCGACAGCCCUGGCUGUCAUUGCUCCGACCGGUCCUGCUGGCUCCUCGCUCGUGCCGGACAUCGAGCCUGCUGCGACCGUCGCUGCUGCCCUCGGCCCGCCGGCGUCUUGGGCGUCUGGCCCUGCCAUAGCUGCAGGCCUUGUGGGCCAUCUUGCGCGGAUUGCCGAGAGUCAGGACGGAAGUGGCACCGCUGCGCCGCUGGGCAUUCUGGUCUCGUUUGAGGCUAUCGACGAGCUGACCAAGCUGGCGUCGGCAGCUGUGGCCAAGCUCGCCGUCACUCCGUGCGACAAGUCGAGUCAGACCAUCCUCACUUCGGCGCUCCGCAUCAUGCUCACCAACGUGAAGGCGGGCGGAUGGCAGACACUGCCGCAGGCCGGCCCAGCGCUCACGGCGGUCCACGCCGCGCGGGCGCUGGUCACCAGCUUGCUCUCAGAGACGGGGCUCGAGUCGGUCCCGGAGCUCUUUGCAACCGUAUGCAGUCUUGUAAUGCGCAUGCUUGAGGCAGGCAUGAACGGCCUCUACUCGCGCGCGGAUCAGGUCGACUUGCUGGCGCUCUGCGUCCAGGCGCUUAUCGGUGUUGAGUCGCUGAGCUCGAGCAGGGCUGCGUUUGGGCGGUCGAUGGCGCGUCUAUUCCACGAUCCACGGGUCGUGGCCCGGCUGUGCCUCAGCGGCACCAAGACACUCGACGUGCUCCCGGCAAUGGAUGCUAUCCAACACAUGCUGGAUGACCUGCUCGCGCGCGAAAUGGCCACUGGGCUGGACCGGAGUGGUGCGAAGCUACGCGCUGCGCUCCAAUGUGUGGUUUUUAGCGCCGCGCGCGUGGCGUCAGCAAACCGCGAUGCGCUCCUUGCGUUCAUCCACGGUCACGUCGGGCAGAUGGUGGACCAUGUGGCGCAGUGCGUCGACGGCGCGGUGGACGCGCUGGUCGAUGGCGACGAGGCUGCCAUCCUCGAGCAGCUCAAGACCAAGACCGAGAUGGUGGUCGACGUUCUGCCGAUGCUGACUCCGCUGCUCGGCAGCGCCGACUUUGUCGGGCCGACGUUUGCCGACGGAGGCGUGCUGAAGAGUUUGGUUGGCCUCCGCGAGCGCGUACUCAAGCUCGAGGCCGCAGCUGAGAGUGUGGCUGCUGCCAAGGGCGCCGAGGGCAGCUGGAUGAGCACGACUGAGGUGACAAUGGAGCAGGUGGUCGAGACUGCACACCCAUACUCCAACGACAUGGACGAGUACCAGAGCGUGUGCUUGCCCGGCGCGACGCUGCUGCAGCUCCAUUUUGACUCGCGGUGCUCGUCCGAGUCGUCCUGCGACUAUCUGCGGUUGUACGCCGCCGACCGGGAGACGCCACUGCUCAACGAGCGGCGGUUCGAGGGCUCAGAGGGGAGCUGGCCGACGACGCCUGUGGUUGUGCCUGGCCCGCUGGUGUACUUUAGAUUUGUGAGCGACUCGUCACACGUUCAGUGGGGCUACAGGGUCAAGGUAGUGGGCAAGGUCAACGUGCCUUGCAUCAACACGCCGUGGCUUGUCGAGCUCGAAGAGAGCCUGUGUGCGGCGCUUGCCCGUGGCGCCGGGUCACUGUUUGUUGGCGCGCCUGUGGCCAGGGCCGAGAGCUCGGUCGCGACGUGGCUCAACUCGCACCUCCUCCGGGGUGGGUUGGAAACGUCGAUGCCGCGCGGCGUUGCAGAAGCGCGGGCCCAGCUACGUGCCGUUGCAGAUGGCCAGGUUGCGGUCGACGCGGUUGUGACCGAGGAGGCUGCCCUCGUCCAGAUGCUUUCGUCGCUGCCGGGAAGCGCGCGGCGAGAGGCGGUGGAAGCGUGGGCGCAGCCGGACGGCAACUUGCUUGCUGGGGUCGAGACGCUGGUGGCAGCUGCCAAGGGGAGCGUCUCGCGUGGCCACGCGUACAUGGCGCUCAAGGAGAGCGACGAGCUCGCGGAACUUGAGCGGACCGUCUUUGCAGUCCUCGUCAGGCACCACGGACUCGAGGGGCUGGCGCUGCGGUACAUCCGGUCGCUUCCAACUGGCGGUGAAGCGAGCGCUCGGGCUGGCGAAGAGUCGACGCUCAAGCGGCGCAAGCGGCCGGCGGCGUUGUCGGUCACUGUUUCAAGCAGCGGAGACGCAGUUCCGCCCGAGCUUGUGGCGGUGUGGAAGCGAGCUCUUGGGGUGCGGCGGUGGGCGACGUUCGAGUCACGCGACUCGCCCGAGCUCGUGGCUAUGGUCACCAGCAAGGCGCGGUUCCUGCUCGGCCUGGUGCCGACGGCUGCACGACAGGCCUUGCCCAAGUUUUCGCUCGGCGACUUGGCUGAGGCACAGGGCUCGCUCCGCGACCUGUUUGCGACGUGGAAGACGCGCCGUGGGCGCGAGCCCGGCUCGGCGCAAACGCCCAAGAUUCCGAAGCAUCCACGGUUGGCGUCGAACGCGUCGGAUGAGCUCGAGGUGGAGCUGUCGUCGGUGCCGGAGACCGACGCGCGAACGGCCGCGUCGCUCUCGGCGGACAUCUCGCUCUUCCUCAAGUCGGACAGUGUCGAGCUUGACGCGGUCCUGGAUGGGAUGGUGGCGCGUUGUGCCCGCGCCGAGGGCCGUGCCGACGCGCUGCAGCUCUUCCAUCAGCUGCUGGUGACGACCGACGUGCGCGGGAGCGGGCCGAUUCUGUUUGCACUUGGGCUUGCGCUGCGGGCGCGGGCGCCGACAGAGGGCCGCACCUUGCACCACUACCUCGACCACGUCGAGGGCGCCCACGUCGAGUGUGCCAUCCGCAUCGCCACCACCUUUGAGGCCGUCCUCGUGGAGACGGUGCGGGUGUGGCGCGAGUCACGCGACGAUCAGCCAGCGCUGCGCAAGAUGGUGGCCGAGUUGUGGAACCAGCAGUUCCGCAAGGCGGACGUCAAGCUUGUAGCGUCAUCGGGCAUGCUUGAGGCGGCGUGGGAGCGGACCAAGUUUGCGCGUGGGGCGGCGGCGACCGACGGCGAUGCUUGCCGGCUCGACGAGGUGUACACCGCGCUGUACCGUGCGCUCGCUGCGACGGCGCUUGUCCAGCACAACGGCGAGAGUGACAGUGACGAGGCUGAAGUCGUCAUCGGCGGCGGCGGCGGCGGCGGCGAGGGCAGGGCUGCAGGGCUCCCCCUCAUGACACCGCACGUGUCGACGUUGCCUCUUGCCACUCGGGAUGCGCAGGUGAUACAGAGCGCGACUGGCGAGCUCAUUUUUGCGUCGAUGAAGCAAGCGAUGACAAACAGCAAUGCGGAGGUGAUGGAUGGCAUGCUGAAAGUGGCGGCGAGCCUUGGUGCUUCGCCGCUGGUUGCUGAAACGUUUGCUUCUCCGAGCACAGUGACGCUGCUCCUGGAGUGGGCUAAUGCCGAGACAAUCAGCCUGACAACACGGCAGGGCCUUGUGCGGCUGGCGGCGCGGAGCUUGCGGUUCGCGCCGCAGUCGCCUGCAGCAGCCCGCGACUCGGGUGAGGCGUUUGACGCGGCGGUGGCGCGGCGUGGAGUGCUCGAUGAGGUGCUGGCGCGGGUGAGUGCCCAUGUGGUCGGCAAGAAGCCGACGAGUGUGCCGAGUACAGCCGCGGUGACGGUGUCGAACUCGGACACAACGCGGAUCGUGCUUCUUCAUGAGCUUGUGGGCUUUGUGCAGGCUGCGCUCGAGGCUGGAGCGUGGCGGCGGUUGGCGCUCGAGAUGGUGACAAGCGCGCUGGCGACAGCCCCGGCCGCUAUCGACGCCUCCAGCGAGACGCCGGAGGAGGUUGAGGCGGUGUGGCGGCCUGUGCUGGCAGCAGUGUACAUGGCCGGUGGCCUGCGUCCGGCAGUGAUGGUCGGUGCUGUGGUCGAGGUUUCCGGCGACGAGGCGAAGCGCGACGGACUAGUGGUUGGCGUCGACAGCGCGACGUCGCUGGCAUGGUCAGACAAGCGGGCGUCGACGACGGCCGAGGUGGUGCAUACGAUCUCGCGUGAUGGUGGGUUUGAGCCGAGCGCCUCGUCGGUGGCGCUCACUAGCCUCGAGCCAAUGGCAGAGCUGGGGCAUUCACUGCUUUCACCUGACGACGCCGCAGGUCCGCUGGCUGCACUCGUGGUUGCGAGUGAGGAUGUGGACGACGUGUCGGUAGCCUGGUUUGUGCGCGAGGCAAAGGCCGCGGCGCUGGUGGCGCUGGGGCGGAUGAUGGCAGUUUGUGGAAGCGGGAGCGACAGCUCCUGCGUCGAGAGCACGCUUGUCGAAGCGGUGGUGGCGCUUGCCGGGCGCCACGUCCCACUGUCGAGCCUCCGACACCCGUACGACAUCGAAGGGUACCGCCGGCUGCUGGCGCAACACAACACAGGGCCUGAAGACGGCAUGGGCGUGAGCCUAUCGGGGACAAAGAGUGCCACGGCGUUGAUGGAGGAGAUGCCGUUUGCCGGUGUCUAUUUCGAUUGGGAGCUCGACGUCUUGUCGGACGACGAGAGCGAGGACGAGACCGGCAACGGUGACAGCGGCGGUGGCGAUGGCACGGUCGAUGCCGAUGACGUCGAGCUCGACCUCACCGAGUACUGGCUUGAAUGUCAUGCGCGGAGAGCGAGCUGGCGCGGUAAGGUUCCUGUCUACCGACUGGAUGUGGGCAACGAGGUGGCAUUUGCGGCGAUCUCAGACCGGAGCCAGUUGGUGGCGAGCGAGCCGCUGGAUCCGGUCUCAGUUGACGGUGACGGCCAGGUCACAGUGGAAGAAUUUGCUAAUGCCGAGGCUCUCUCCGGCAACCUUGUGUUUGUUGCCGCUGGCGGCGAUGGCUGGCCGAGUGGGGCGCUGGUACAAGUGCUGGCGCAGGCUGCCGCCACCGGGUGUAUCGGCGCGGUGGUGCAACUCCCAGGCGCGCCGGCCACAGUCAAGAAUGGCGCACUGACAGUCGACCAGGUGAUGGCGAGCGAACGCGCAGUCAGUGGCACCGAGGCUGCGACCGCGCUGGAUGCGCUGGCAAAGUCGGCUAUGGCAUGUGCUGCCGUCUUUGGUGAGCAUGGCGACUUUGUCUCGCGUGGGCUUGGGGUGCUUAUCGGCAAGCCGGAUGAUGCAGGUGCGAAAAGCUCUGGCGAAUCUGACGGCGCGGGUUGCGAACACCAUCAACUGUUGCGGCAGUUUGUGGCUGACGACGUGUCGAGCUCGGAUGGGGCAGCCGCGGCUGUAGUGCUUCCAGGCGAGGUGGCGGCUGCGGCGCUCGCGAGCCAAGAGCUGGCGGACGAAGCCAGCGACGGCGAGUUUGUGAGUGUGGACCUCGAUGCGCUGACAGCGAGCAUGGCUGUGAAGGACAAGUCUGCGAGUGGUUGGCCCAAGCCGAGCGAUGUGGACGUGUGCGCAAUGGAGACGCAGCUCCAGGAGGCGUUGUGCAUUCUCUCUGCGCGACGGGUGCUGACCGAGAUGCUCAAGAGUGGCACGCUCAGUGCUGAGAUGUAUGCGCUGCUGCCACCUUUGGUUCAGGCGGUGAGCGUGACUCUGCGAGCAGGGGUCAAGACGGAGCUGUCGACGCUUGCGGAGCCGGUGGUGAUGGCGAUGGUCAAUGAGUGCGGCGCUGGGGUCUCUGGCGAUGGUGGCGCGGCCGUGGCUGGCGAACGGCCCGGGCGGGCGGCACGCAGCGUUGUGCUCACAGGAACAACGACGGAAGUGGUGACGCUUCCGGUGGCGGACAGCAGCGCGGGCGGGUGUCGAGUGGUUCGGUUUGGGCCACAGACGGUCAUUCCGCCAGGGCUCGCCAUCUCGAUCGUAGUUGACGGAGUGUCAAGCGGCACGGUGGACCCACAGGCGAUGGUGCCUGUGCUCGUUGCCGGCCACACGUUCACUGUUUCGAGCGUGAUCAUGCCGGGCAGCGAGGAGAAAAAGAAGGGGAAGCAGUUGUUUGCCAGGCUCGAUCUCCAGAUUGCUGCGACGGAGAGCAGCUCGGUGGAGAAGGUAGCGCAGGCUGGCGGGAGUGUGGAGCUUGCGGCAUGGCUGCUGCGAGUGCUCGCGACGACCGAGGGCUACUCUGUGACGCCAGAAGUUGUGCGCGAGGCUGGGCGUGCGCUGCAAGCAAGCCGUGGAGGCCGGCGGCUGCGUGUGACGGAGCUUGUGCGUGAUUUGGUGCGACAGCGUGGUGAGCUCGAUGGUGUGGCGCGUGCUGGGCUACAGUGGCUUGUCGACGGGCUGCGGGCCAAGGUGCGGAGCGACAAGCCGAAGAGGAGCGGCCUUGUGGCACAGGAGCUGCAAGCUCUGUUUGACGUUUAUCUCGCUGUGGUGAGUGCUAGCAACGGGGCUGAUGCGCCAGGAGCCGAGGCAGAGCGCAGCGCGGGCACGAGCGCGAGCGCGAGCGUGAGUGGGUCGGGCCAGAACAAGGGCAAGGAAGAGGUGGAGGACGAUGUGGGAGGCAGACUCUCGCUACUUGCGCUUGAGGAGGAUGGCGGCAAGAUGACGCCGGACGUGGAGCCGCCGAGUCUCGCAGCGCAGUACACGUCGCAUGCGAUCCGCGAAGGGCCGCUUGACGACGAGCCACGGGUGUACCAGACGUGGAUGGAGAGCCGCGGCGAUGGGACGUUCCACUGUACAAGGUCGUUUGGGACAGUGCGCGGCGAUGUUGUGGUGCACUCGGGAGCGUGGCAGUACGAGGUGACUGCCGAGUCUGUGAGCGAGCUCAUGAUUGGGUGGGCAACGCCGGAGUUUUUCAGCGAGACGAGUCACGACGGAUGCGGCGACAACGUACAUGGGUGGUCGUGGGACCCGAGCUAUCGUCAGCGGUGGCACAAUGGGAACUACUCGACGUGGCCAGAGACGUCACCGACGUUGUCGCAGGGAAGCGUGAUCGGAGUGAUGGUGGACAUGGAGGCGGGGACGACGCGGUACAGCGUGAAUGGAAACGAGGUCGGCGAGCCGUACAACGAUGUGUCGGCAACAAGCCUGAUUGCUGCAGUGUCGCUCUCAUCGGGCGGGUCUGUGCGAGUCAACUUUGGCACGCAGCCGUUUGUGUAUCCGGAGCCUGGCUACCUCCCGCUAGCGGUGGGUGCCGAGUCGAGCGUGAUGGCGACCGCUGCGGUGAGCAAGGGCGACGGUCAGGCAAACCCCAAGGCAGAGGCGAAGGCGGAGAUGUACGUGGCGGGUCUGGAGCAGACAGAUGCGGCGCUGCGGAGCGUGCUCGCGUCUCGCGAUCUGCCUGAGCGGGUGUACACUUCUGCUCUACAGCAGUACCGCAAGCGUGUGGCCAGAGUCGGGCCGCGCAGUCUGGCAGUUUCGAGCAAGGCGACGCGAAGCGUGUUUUCCGGUGCAGCGAAGCGAGGCAAGGCGACGACUGUGGUUGGCGACCGUGUUGUUGUGGCGGGUACGCUCGCGCACGACGCUGCAUCGUUCGAGACGGCACCGUGGAUGUCUGUGAUGGGCGUGAGCGGGACGGUCUACUCCAUCGGAUCUGUCGAGGCACCGAGCCAGGCGUUUGUGUACGUGGUCGACGAGGCUGUGACGCAGAGCGAGGAGCUUGCGGCUCUUGCGGCUCAGCUUAUUGUGCCGGCCGACUCGGACGCGUUUGGCAAGCUUGCGGCGGGAGACGCGGCGGUACGUGCGGACGAACGCAAUGUGUGCGAGCCUGUGGCGAUGCUCAAGCCGAGCGACGGCAUGUCGCGGAUGGAGAGCGUAAUGCGAACGUUUGGUGGCGAGUGCAUGGGCGAGGCGACGGCGUUUGCCGUCCGGGCGCACACGUCGCGGCUUUUGUCUAUGGACGAGGUGAAUGAGUCGGACGAGGCGCGUGCGAGCAUGAUUGUGGGCCGCAGCGUGAUUGUCAUUGUGCAAGGAAGCGAUACGGGCCCGAGCCUGGAAGCAUGCCAUGUAGCGGUAAGCGGGUUUGGGCUGAUGGAGGCGUCGGCCGGGCUGCAUCCUGCGAGCGGUGUGACAUGGAACAACUCGCAGUGGAGCAGCGAGCAGGACCGCGAGCUGCUUGAGUAUGCGGAAGCGCAGGCGCGAGUCCUAGGCAGGCCGCUGAACGCGGAGCUAUGGGUAGGCGCGCUGGGUAACGCGCCGCCGAUGCGGUACCCUUCGCUUCGUGGGGUGAGCAUGGAUGCGCUGCGUGCGCGGUUUGUGGUUCUUGCGGCGAUCAACGAGCUUGCGGCAGACUUUCUGCCGCUUGUGGAUCUGAGCCGGAGCGACGACGCGGGCUCUGUGGCAGCGAUGGUGUGCGCCGGGCGCGGGGUACUGAUGCGGAUGAUCAAGUCGCCGCAGAUGUCUGCCGUGCUAGAGGCGACGACAGGCGAGUCCAAAGGGUCACGCGAGAUCAAGAUCAACCGGCUGAAGGCGACGCAGGCGCGCGAGGCUGUGGAAAGCGGAGCACUGAGCGCGUCGGAGCGUGCGGCGAGGUGCAUGGUGGGCCAGGCAGCGGAGCUGGUGGUGACGUGGCCGGCGGCUGCGCUGCGGUCUCGAAGCGACCAGCUGUGGAAGAUCAAGUUCCUCAACGAGGGCUCUGUGGACGCUGGUGGGCCGUACCGAGAGAUGUUCUCCAACUGGUCGGCAGAGCUGAUGACGGCCGGGCUUGUGGAUGUGCUCAUUCCGUCGCCCAACAUGGUGCACGGACUCGGCGAGACCCGUGAUGCAUGGGUUGUGCGGCCGGGCGCGACCGGGGUCCGUGACCAGGUUGUGAUGCGGUUUGUGGGUCGGCUGAUGGGAGUGGCAGUGCGGACGUCGGAGACGCUGGACCUCGCGCUGUGCUCGCUGGUGUGGAAGGCAGUUGUUGGCGAGGCACGCGACAUUAGCGACCUGGCGAUGGUGGACACCAUGGCUGCGCAGGCACUGGCGUAUGUGGAGCGGAUCGAUGAAGAGGGCGUGGACGCGAGCUGCUUCACGGACAUCAUCGACGAGAUGUUUGAGGCGACGCUGUCUGACGGGACGCGUGUGGAGGUUCUGCCGGGCGGCAGUAGCGAGCCGGUGACGUUUGAGCGACGGCACGAGUGGGUGCGGCUGGUGCGGGAGGCGCGGCUGGCCGAGGCAGACGCGGCAAUGACAGGGCUCCUCUUUGGGCUCCACGAGAUUGUGCCUGCGCCUGCGCUUGCUCUGCUCACGUGGCGCGAGGCCGAACAGAUGGUGUGUGGGUCGCCGGUUGUGGACCUGGAGGUGCUCCGCGCGGCAACGCAGUACGAGAAGAACAUCCGCGAAGACGCGCUGGUGGUGACGUACCUGUGGCGGGCGCUCGGUGAGUUUGAACAGGACGACCUCAAGCUGUACCUCAAGUUUGUGUGUGGGCGGACGCGGCUAGGGGCGACCGGGACGGCUGGCCUCAGCUUUAAGAUCGACGCGCACACCAGCGCGAGCGACCCCAACACGGCCAUGGUCCAGUCGCACUCCUGCUUCUCGACCAUCGACCUCCCGCUCAUGACCGACGAUAGUGAGGCCGGGUACCUCGGCUUCAAGCAGCGUCUGCUGUUUGCCAUCCGUAACUGCGCAUCAGUGGACACUGACUUUGUGGUGUAGACAAGAGCAUCGCUAUAAAAUAAAGCACGCCCAGCCCG